UGCGCCGCUCUUCCGCCAUCUUCAACUUCCUAUUGUUUGCAUCAGACGGAGUCUGUCUGAAUGUCCUGUGUGUGCGAGCGGACUCAGCCACGGACAUUUACGGAUAGUUUUGGCGCUCCCAACUAUCCACCUCCGUCGCUAAGGUCGCACAACAGAGUUUGUAUGUCAUUGAAUUAAGGACCUCUCAGGACGCGACCACUACCUUGAUGAUGGACGACGACCAACCUCGAACACUGUAUGUGGGGAAUUUGUCCAGGGAUGUAACAGAGCCCCUCAUUCUGCAGGUCUUCUCACAGAUAGGACCCUGCAAAAGCUGUAAAAUGAUUUUUGAUACAGCUGGAAAUGAUCCGUACUGCUUUGUGGAGUUCUAUGACCACAGGCAUGCUGCUGCCUCAUUGGCAGCCAUGAAUGGAAGGAAAAUAAUGGGUAAGGAAGUUAAAGUCAACUGGGCCACAACGCCAACAAGCCAGAAAAAAGACACAAGUAAUCACUUCCAUGUCUUCGUUGGAGACCUCAGUCCAGAAAUAACUACAGAAGACGUCAAAGCUGCCUUUGGACCGUUUGGCAGAAUAUCAGAUGCACGUGUUGUGAAAGAUAUGGCAACAGGGAAAUCUAAAGGCUAUGGCUUCGUGUCUUUCUUCAACAAAUGGGAAGCAGAGAACGCCAUUCAGCAGAUGGGGGGUCAGUGGUUAGGAGGCAGGCAAAUCCGAACUAACUGGGCCACAAGAAAGCCCCCCGCACCAAAAAGCAACUAUGAAACUGGUAACUCAAAGCACCUGUCAUUUGAUGAAGUAGUGAACCAAUCCAGCCCCAGUAACUGCACUGUGUAUUGUGGCGGCGUCAGCACGGGACUUACAGAGCAACUAAUGAGGCAGACAUUUUCUCCUUUUGGGCAAAUUAUGGAAAUCAGAGUUUUCCCAGAUAAAGGUUAUUCAUUCAUAAGGUUCAACGCCCAUGAGUCAGCAGCCCACGCCAUUGUGUCUGUGAAUGGGACUGCGUUAGAGGGCCACAUAGUCAAGUGCUACUGGGGUAAAGAGAACCCAGAAAUGAUGAACCCGGUGCAGCAAAUGCCUGUGCCUCAGAACAAGAUGAGCUUCCCUGCAGCUCAGCCUUACAACCAAUGGGGCCAGUGGUAUGGCAACGGGCCUCAAAUCAACCAGUAUGUCCCAAAUGGGUGGCAGGUUCCCACCUACAGUGUCUACGGUCAGGCCUGGAAUCAGCAGGGCUUCAAUCACUUACCGGCCAAUGCUGGAUGGACUGGCAUGAGCGCCAUCAGUAACGGUGGGGUUAUGGAGCCCACACAGGGAUUGAAUGGGAGUAUGCUAGCCAACCAGCCUGGUAUGGGAGCCGCAGGAUACCCUACACACUGAUAAAGGGGAAGGGCAGGUUUUAUGUCAACAAUAUGCCUUUUUGGCUUAAACUUUCUCAGUGGGGCAGUGGGACACCACUUCUUGUUUUGGCAGGACUAUGACUUUUACUUGGACGUGGAUCUUGAUUGGAGGGAUUGACUUCUGAUGGUGUAAAUGGGGUUUCUUUGGUGGGGGUGGGAGGGUUUGAGGUCAUGAGACCAGGGGUGGAACUAUUUGACCCACACUGGUAUUUACACCCUGUGUGGUAGCCAAAACUGUCUUGAGAUCCUGGGCUUGUACCUUUUUUGGUGAACUGUAAAUGACAAAACUGUAAAGGAGAAACUUCUUUCCAGAUUUUACAAAUGGCUUCCAUUGUAAAUCCUCAAAAUUGUUUUUGAUUUUUUUGUUUGUUGCAAAAAGUCAUUUAUUUCAGCUAAAUUAUAACUUUUUUUGAGGAAUGGAAUUCUUAAUUUUUACAAAAGUUCUGAUCUAAUGCAGGGAUUCAUUUUCCACUACUGCUUCUCUGCAGAUUAAAAUUGCACAAUUCCCUGCCCAGCUUGUACUUGACAAAGAUUUUUUUUUUUUUUUUUUGCAUUCCAUUUUUUAUUCAUAUCUUUUGGACAGCCUCAAAUAUUUUAGCCAUGUAUAUAACUCACCAUUUGAAAUGUAAAAAGCUACUGUUAACUUGAUUGCUUUCAUUUUGUUUCAACAACCUUAUGGUUAACUCAGUGCGUGAGCAGCAAAGUUGUACUGCCAAAUGUGACACUGGCACAGUGUGACAUGAUUCUUUCAUGCAGGGAAAACGACAGCAUUGCCAUGCAGUGCACACCUAAAAGUUUGACACAAUCCUGAUGUAAAGAAAUAUUACUUUUUUUUUUUUUUUUUUUUUUUUAAAAGAUCUGUUGGGAUGCCAGUUUUUUUAUAUGUACAAAACUCGAGUGAAUUCAACCUUUACACUUGCUCUGUUUGCCAGAGACAGGGAGGCCUACAUUGCUGUUGCCUUAUGAAGCGCGUAUGUUUUAGUUGAUAAGAUACUAUUCAAUUUUAGGCAGUGCCUACAGUUGUUUUCAGACCCUUUUGUCUAGAGAGGUGUUAGCCCUGAGAACCGAUGACUCUGCUACUGUAAUAAAUCUUUUCUUGCUUUUGUCUUAUUAAAAUGCUCAUGAACACAAAUUACAAUGUGUUUCUAUCGUACCUGUCAAGUUGUACGGUCUCGGUGUAAUUUGUACAAGUGAGCACUGAUUUUUAAAUGUGUAUGCCGUACGUUCAAAAUCUACAUUUUUCGUGCAUUACGUUUUUUUUUCUCCGGGUUUUGUCACCGUUUCGGCAACGAGACAAUGUGGGUUACUAUCCGUUACUACGUUGGUUGAAUGACGCGAGAAAAACUCUGAGAGAGAAGAGUUUGCGGUGAUGCUGUAGCAAACGCAAUGCUAGGCUAGAUGGCUUCAAUAUUUCCUGACUGUAGCCGACAGCCUACAAUCUACGCCUAGAUAUCACAUGACGGCGUUAGUAAAGAGCCGCCAUCUUAAAGCAGUAGACUUCUCAGAAAGGCUCUUGUAGUGAACCUUCCUAGUGAACCUAAGUAUCUAAAAUACUCCCAAAUCGGCAAAAUCUUGACUUGAAUCUUUCUUUAAAUGAUGAAACAGUUUAAAACUUUCACAUGUCGAAAGUAGACUGAAGGGAA